AUGCGCAGUUCAUUGCUAAGGAAGAAAGGAGAAAAUGUCUCUAGCGAGCUUCUUACCGGCGCCGACACAGCUGUCCCAGGACCAGCUGGAGGCAGAGGAGAGGCUCCGGGCCCAGAAGUCCUACUCCACCGCCUUAGUUUCGUCCCGCAGAGAGCCUCCUCCGUACGGUCACAGGAAAGGCUGGGUGCCACGCUCACUUGAGGACUUUGGAGAUGGAGGAGCUUUCCCAGAGAUCCAUGUGGCCCAGUUUCCUCUGGAGAUGGGCAGAAAGAAGAAGACAUCCAACGCUCUGGCAGUGCAAGUGGAUGCAGAGGGAAAGAUCAAAUAUGAUGCCAUUGCCAGACAAGGACAGGGGAAAGAUAAGGUGAUCUUCAGUAAGUACACCGACCUGCUUCCAAAGGAGGUUCUGAAUGAAGACACUCCAGAACUACAGAAGCCUGAUGAGGAGGCUGUACGAGAGCUGACAGAGAAGACCCGUGCUGCCCUGGACAAGCAGGUGUCUCAAAAAAUCGCUGCUGCUAUGCCUGUCAGAGCUGCAGACAAACAGGCUCCCGCACAAUACAUCAGGUACACCCCAUCCCAGCAGGGAGUGGCUUUUAACUCAGGGGCCAAACAGAGAGUGAUCCGCAUGGUGGAAAUGCAGAAAGACCCCAUGGAGCCGCCGCGAUUUAAAAUCAACAAGAAGAUUCCUCGAGGACCUCCUUCUCCCCCGGCUCCUGUCAUGCAUUCACCAAGCAGAAAGAUGACUGUCAAGGAGCAGCAGGAGUGGAAGAUUCCUCCAUGCAUCUCGAACUGGAAGAACGCCAAGGGUUACACCAUUCCUCUCGACAAACGUCUGGCUGCUGAUGGCAGGGGUCUCCAAACGGUUCACAUCAACGAAAACUUUGCAAAGCUGGCUGAAGCCCUCUAUAUUGCUGACAGAAAGGCCAGAGAGGCGGUGGAGAUGCGAGCCCAGGUCGAGAAGAAGAUGGCUCAGAAGGAGAAGGAAAAGAAGGAGGAGAAGCUCAGGGAGUUGGCUCAAAUGGCGCGAGACCGCAGGGCAGGGAUUAAAAGUCACGGCGGCGACAAAGGUGGCGAGGACGGCGAGGCCAGGGAGCGUGAUGAGAUCCGCCAGGACAGAAGGAAAGAGAGACAGCACGACAGGAACAUUUCCCGGGCUGCUCCUGAUAAGAGGUCGAAGCUGCAGAGAGAUCAGGACAGGGACAUCAGCGAGCUCAUCGCUUUGGGCAAACCCAACCCUCGCUCCUCCAGCGAGGCUCAGUACGACCAGCGUCUCUUCAAUAUGAGCAAGGGUAUGGACAGUGGAUUUGCCGGCGGUGAAGAUGAGACAUACAACGUGUACGACCAGCCGUUCCGCAGCGGCAGAGACAUGGCCUCCAACAUCUACAGGCCCAGCAAGAACAUAGACAAAGACACCUACACGGAUGACUUUGAAACACUCAUGCGCGACAACAGGUUUGCUCCAGACAAAGAGUUCUCAGGCGCCGACCACACGCAGAGGAGAGAAGGGCCGGUCCAGUUCGAGGAGGAUCCCUUCGGUCUGGAUAAGUUCUUGGAGCAGGCCAAGCAGCACGGCGGCUCCAAGAGACCGUCCACUAGCAACCGCUCCAAGGACGACUACCACGACAAGAAACGCAGGAAGGAGUGAGAGUCCACGUGAAUCAGACGACGAGGAGCUAGUCGCUGCUGCUGCUGCUUCUUCUCAGUGGAUGAGGAAAGAAGGUGCAAGAUCGUGUAAAAUUCU